AGGGAAAGAUCUCCGAUCCAAAUCCAGACCACCAAGAGCGAAAGAAUGGACCACAUGGCAGCAGAGAUCGUUGCCUUUCUUCUCGCAACCUCUGGGUGGAUCUUGGUCUCAUCUACGUUGCCGACCGACUACUGGAAGGUGUCAUCCGUAGAUGGGACGGUGAUCACUACGGCAACCUUCUGGUCAAAUCUGUGGAAGACGUGUGUGACAGAUUCUACAGGAGUGUCCAACUGCAAAGACUUUCCAUCAAUGCUGGCUCUGGAUGCUUAUAUUCAGGUUUGUCGGGGUUUGGUGAUCGCUGCUGUAUGCCUGGGUUUCUUUGGUGCCGCCUUGGCUUUACUAGGAAUGAAGUGUACAAAAAUAGGAGGCUCGGAGGCGACCAAGGCUCGUCUGGCUGUCCUGUCGGGCUUAAGCUUCAUUUUGAGCGGAAUCUCCUGCAUGACUGCAUGUUCCAUAUAUGCUCAUAGGAUCACAACUGACUUCUUUGACCCCUUCUUUGUUGCACAGAAGUUUGAAUUGGGAGCAGCUCUCUUUAUUGGCUGGGCUGGAUCCGUGCUUUGUAUUCUAGGUGGAGCUAUAUUUUGCCUCCCACUGUCCGAAUGCUUUAAACUAAGAGUUAAGUACUGUUACACUGGAGCCCCGUGCAAGACAGCCAACAGCCUGCAAACGGAACCACAGGAGUUGAAGAGACAGUUUGGAAGAAACGCUUAUGUUUAAAACAAACUGGACUUUUAUCUUGUUUUUUU